GAGCGCUUCAAUACAAACAAAUGAACAAGUUUCUACUUACCUAUGCUAUCUCGUGUGCAUCAUCUCGAUGAUAGUUUGGCUAAAAAAUAUGCGUGGCGUGAGAAAUCAAACACUUACAAUCCCGUAUCCAUCGACGAAUAUAAUUAGAAAAUGAGCCUGUUCUUGUGUUUGAUUGCUUUCUUGUCUUUUUGAUUCUUAGACCGCUUGAAGUAAUACAUCGUAGAUCAUCCUAACGAGGAAGUAGAAUAAGUAUCUCAACAAUCAUAAGUAUUUUCUUUUCGUUUUGGACUGUUAUGGGUUCUUGUUGUUCCAUCGUCCGCUCCUUAUAUUUGUGAUCAAGUCGUGUCGCCUGUCUGACUCACUGUAAUCCCAACCUUUUAGAUAGAUACUAUUUUUAUCAGAAUAUUUUUCAAGGAGUAACGAUUGUGAGACGUGUGCAUUCUACUUGUCAAUCCCUCAUGUUCAUACUAUGUUCAACAUGUGCAGUAGGUACAUCUUGUUAAGAUUGACCGAAAGGGUCGCGAAC